UUUUGAUUGACUGCUUGUUAUUGUUGAUGCUAAACUUGCAUCAAGUUCGAAGAAAAGUUUAAAACGAUGUUUCUCUAAUUUUAAGUGUUUUUUCCUCACUGUUCACAGCAUCGAAAUGCCGUCGUCGUGUUCCGUGCCAGAUUGCGAACUAAAGUACGCCCAUUCGGAAGACGUUUCGUACCAUAAAUUCCCUCUGAAGAAACCGGAACUACUAAGCGAGUGGGUCAAAUUUACCGGACGUGACCCAGCCUGGGUUCCGAGCCGUUGGAGUGCCAUCUGCAGUCGGCACUUCAAGCCGUCCGAUUUCAAGGAUUGCAUUUACAGGAAAAAUCUGACCAUCAACGCCGUUCCUUCCGUUCGAGUGAGACAUCACACACCAAUUUCGGAAUUUAUUGCCGGAAAGUGCGAUGUCGACGAAGAACCUAAAACUCCUCACGAGGAAACGUUGCACGAUACCCAUUCGGAUCAACCGGAUGCGGAGACGGAUCAGGAUGAUUAUUCCGGUGGAGAGGAGACAAAUCUGCUGGACAUUACGUGUCGGCUGUGUGGAAUCGUGUUUAGCAAGUGGUGUCAGGGAUUGCUGGUGGAUUUCCGGCCGCAUUCCGUGGUCAUUGGAAAGUGUUUGCCGUUCGUCAAUUUGGAGCUGGUUCAUUUUCCUGCGAAGGUUUGUGGCCACUGCCUGAAGGUCAUCAACGGAUUUUCUGCGUUUUAUGACAGCGUUCAACGGGCUCAGGUUGAUUUAGAGCUAAAGUACAACAAUCGAGUGGAUGAGCAUGAUCCGGUAGAUGAGCAUAUUCUUGAAGCGCCCAAGAUUCGAAUCAAGCAGGAACCGAUGGUCAACAUCAAGGAGGAGGCAAUCGAAUCAAACAUUCGAAUCCGGGAGAAUCCACUUCCGGAAACUCCGGAAAAUACUCUCAUAAUCAAAAAUCCAAACGUUGCCAGUGAUAACAACAAAAUUCUGGUGUUUAAAAAUCAGAGUACUGAAAAUCAGAACACGAAGCCAAUGCCCAAAAACUGUGAAAUUUUGGAGAUCGUCAACCUCUACCCUCCAAUUGUGGACAUCACGAGCGCUACCAUUCGGGAAGUUCAACCCUACGAAAUCACCCUUCCUUCAAUUUCAAAUGCUCCAUCGUUUCAAUCAGCACCUCCCCAAAUCAUCAACCUUAAAACGGAAAACACAGCAGAGUUCGAAGAAGAAUACGAAGACUACUCCGGAUAUUACGACUUUCAGCUGGCACUGAACACGCUAGAUGAGCACAGCUAUUCCAAGCUCCCAAUCCAAGCAGACGACAACAAGGACGAAAUCUUCCCCCAUCUUCCGGAACCAAUGGAUCCCAUUCAGCUGGGAGAAUCCGGGACGGUUCAAGUCAUCCACGUAGAACUUCCAGCGGUAACCUUCUCGUGCAAAUCCUGCCAUCAUAUCUUCCCAACCCGACUGAAGCUGCUUCGCCACCGAACCUUCUACUGUCCGUCGCGGAAGCGACCUCACUUCCGGUGCGUCUACUGUGCGAAAAAGUUCCCCAUCCGAACCCAACUCCAAAUCCAUCUGGCCGCCUGCCAUCGAAGGACCGCCCGGCGGAAGCAUCUGGCCUCCAAGGCGAGUGCCGUCAAAAACGCUGUCCGACAGGCAACCACCAAUCAAGCCGAACCGCAAUCGACGACCCACCCCAAAACCUACACCUGUGAUAUGUGCGACCGGACGUACUCGCGGAUGUCGAACCUGCGCCGGCACCAGCUCAGCCAUCGACCGAUGGAGCAGUGGAACCACAAGUGUGGCGUCUGCCAGAAGAUCUUCGAUAAGCUGUUCGACCUGAAGAAGCACUUUCAGCUGAGCAAGUGCGCUGGCAGUAGUGGCGGGGAUGGCGGGUACGUGCUUCCGGUGAGGAGUGGUGAGGAAACGGGGUCGGUUCCGGCGCCGGAAGGCGCACUGGAUCGACUGCUGUACGUUUGUUCGACGUGCAAUAAGCAGUUCAAGAGUUAUAACAGCUUAAAGGUGCACGAAAGUAUCCACACGGGACUGAAGGCGUACAUCUGCGAGACCUGUGGGAAGCGGUUCGGAGGGCAGAUGAACCUGACCCAGCAUCGGUUGACGCACACGGAGCUGAGGCAGUUUGCGUGCAAGUUGUGCCCGAAGGUUUUCAAACGGAGCGGUGGUCUGAGCCAGCAUGUCAAAUCGUUCCACAUGAAAAUCAAGCCGUACCAGUGUCCGGUUUGUUUCCGGGAUUUUGCGCUCAAGGCUGAUAUGACCCGGUGUCGUCACUCGAAGCUGAAGGAGAAUGGAUAAGCAUGGUAAGUCGAAGCUUGUGUUUUUGUUUUUGCAAUAUAAGAAGUCAUUUUUACAAGAUU